AUGGGAUCACAAUCAAUUCCUCGCAAUCCAGGAUUCCGCGCCCUGGCCCCCAAUCGCAAUCGCAUUCCGUGUACGAGCGAGCGAGCGCCGUAUCCAAUCGAACCCAGUCCGAGGGAUGCGCGUGUGCCGCUAGCUAGCAUUGCAUCGUCCGGCAGUCAACAUGGAAGAGAUAUCGCUCUCGUGCUAGGUGUGGCCGUUUGCAUUUUGGGCUCUCCCGUCCUCUCUGCAAAUGGAGGGGCAAUGCAAUGGAUGGCUCAUGAUGGUGGGGUUGCCGAGUCGCUGGUGGCUUACUGGCCUCGUCUGGGCCCCUGUCCGCCCAACCACGGCCCACCCCCCUCUGAACGGGUACGAAUACGUGUGCUGUGCUUGUGCCUGAGCCACUCGUACGCUGUUUCGUCGCUGCACUUUUAG